GAGCUGGGAGCCUGUUUGUUUAUCUGUGGAGGGGGUGGCCUCAGCACUGAGGGCCAAGCAAAUAUUUGUGGUUAUGGAUUAACUCGAGGUCCAGACUGUCAUGGCGGCAGGACGGCGACCUUGCAAUUUCUCCCUGGCCCACCCCAACAGGUGUCAGCAACUUCAGAAUGUGGCAACUCUCAAGCCUCUUCCUGUUGGUGACCAUCUGGGGAACUUCCGCCACACCAGCUCCUCCUGACUCUGAUGCCUUCCUUUCCUGGCCUUUGCAUCAGCCCCUCUGGCCUCUCUUCCUCACUUCCCUGACCUGGUCCUUCCAUCCCAGCUGUCCCCAACAGACACCUCUCAGAGCUCUGGAGACAGACUCAGUGUUCUCCAGCAGAGAGCUCUCCCACCGGGUGCUGCGGAUCCGCAAGCGAGCCAACACUUUCCUGGAGGAGCUCCGGGCCGGCAGCCUGGAGCGGGAGUGCGUGGAGGAGAUCUGUGACUUGGAGGAGGCCCAGGAGAUUUUCCAAAAUGUGGAUGACACACUGGCCUUCUGGGCCAAGUACAUCGACGAGGACCAGUGCGCGGCCCCACCCCCUGAUCACCCGUGCGACAGCCCGUGUUGCGGGCACGGCAAUUGCAUCGACGGCAUCAGCGCCUUCCGCUGUGACUGCGACCCGGGCUGGGAGGGCCGCUUCUGCCUAUACGGUGAGAGGGCCGGCCGCGGUAGGGGGCGGGGAGGGGGGGCGGGGAUAUGGGCGAGCGGUCGGGCCCCGCGGGGCGGGGAGGGAGUGGGGGCGGGAAAAGGGAGCGGGGGGGGGGGGGCCGGUCGCGCCGCGCCACCGUGCCCUCCCGGCGCCCCCUCCCUUGUCCGCGCAGAGGUGAGCUUCUCCAACUGCUCGCUGGACAACGGCGGCUGCGCGCACUACUGCCUGGAGGAGGAGGGCGGGCGCCGCUGCAGCUGCGCGCCGGGCUACAAGCUGGGGGACGACCACCUGCAGUGCGAGCCCACGGUGAAGUUCCCCUGUGGGAGGCCAGGGAGGCGAAUGGAGAAGAAGCGCAAGACUGUGAAACGUGACACAAGCCAAGCUGACCAAAUAGAUCCAAGGCUCGUCAAUGGGAAGCUAUCCGGAUGGGGGGAGAGCCCCUGGCAGGUGAUCCUGCUGGACUCAAAGAAGAAGCUGGCCUGCGGGGCGGUGCUCAUCCACACGUCCUGGGUGCUGACAGCGGCCCACUGCAUGGAGGACUCUAAGAAGCUCAUGGUCAGGCUCGGGGAGUAUGACCUGCGGCGCAGGGAGAAGUGGGAGUUGGACCUGGACAUCAAGGAGGUCCUCAUGCAUCCCAACUACAGCAGAAGCACCUCAGACAAUGACAUCGCACUGCUCCGCCUGGCCCAGCCCGCCAUCCUCUCACAGACCAUCGUGCCCAUCUGCCUCCCUGACAGUGGCCUUGCGGAGCGCGAGCUCACCCAGGCUGGCCAGGAGACGGUGGUGACUGGCUGGGGCCAUCGCAGCGAGGCCAAGAGAAACCGCACCUUCGUCCUCAACUUCAUCAAGGUCCCCGUGGUCCCUCAAAACGAGUGCAUCAAUGCCAUGCACAACAUGAUCUCUGAGAACAUGCUGUGCGCGGGCAUCCUUGGGGACUCACAGGAUGCCUGUGAGGGCGACAGUGGGGGGCCUAUGGUUGCAUCCUUCCGCGGCACCUCGUUCCUGGUGGGCUUGGUGAGCUGGGGCGAGGGCUGUGGGCGCCUCCACAAUUAUGGCGUUUACACUAAAGUCAGCCGCUACCUUGACUGGAUCCACAGCCACAUUAGAGCUGAGGAGGCCUCGCUUGAGGGCCAGGUGCCUUAGCUUCCCUCAGGCUUGUGUCUGGAGCCCAGAGGCCACUCGUGGAAUGGGGUGGGUGGGGGGGGCUGGAUG